GUGGUUGAACGGUGGUAAAUCUCAGCGUUCAUUGUUGCUCUGACACCAGAAUGGUUAUGCUCUUGUCGUGCAUGGAUGUAAAGAUUGGACAGUCCACAGCUCUGGUUAGCUUGGGGGGGUUUCUAGAUGGAUUUCCCUCUACACCACGGUAUGGCAAACCACAGAAAAGGAAGGCUACAAUCCUGAGCCCUUUGAGCAUAAUGCCAUAUUAGAAUGGCAACUACCUUGAUAAGGAUUCACCAUGGGCGCUUACAGUCCACACUUUCUACACAUUUUCCUUGAUUUUCAGGGUUUGGACUAUUAAUCUGUGUUUAGACUUUGCUCUCGCGCCGGAGUUUCUGCUCUUGUUGUCCUCCUGUUGCCUUAUCUCAAGUUUGCUGACUGUGUACCUCAAGAAGAAUGAGCACAAUUUCAUUGAUAGACCACGUGUGCCAAGCUUCUCUGGUGCUAACAACAGGAGCAAUUUAGGUUCCAAAAGUAUUUCAAAUGAGCUUGUAAUAUGGCCCAGAUUUUUUUGUUGGAAGAAAAGGCCUUGCAUUCCUAUGCGGAGAGCCCAAAAAACCAAUAGCUUCUUGCUGGGAAUCUGACAAAGCGUAAUCUAGUGGCUAGAUGACAGGACAGGGAAUUGGAAGAUCUCUGGUUUCUGCUCCAAACACACUUCCCCACUGCAUCAUCUUGGGGCCAGUCUCUUUCUUUGAAAUCACAUAAGAUAAGGAUGGUGCACUUGGCCACUCUGCAAUAGCAUCUCCAUACCUCGGGGGUUUAGGGAUCAUGAUGCCUGGAAAGUACUUUGAAAUGCUUGAAGGGAGGAUCCUACAGAAAUUGGAGCUCACUGUUUAUUAUGCUAGGAGGGUUGCUACAGGUUAUGCUGAAAGGCAGAGAGACGGACCUUGGUCUGCGCUAGGCUCCACCCCAUUUGGAUACUGCCAUAAAAUGAAAGCCUAGGAGAGGAGCAUUUGAAGAGUGAGCAGAGUUCAAUGCUGUGAGGAUCUUUUGAGUUUCGAAGGCAGCCUCUGCCGUGGGUCAGCACGUAGCCAGAGUUCGAGUCUGGGUCCAGGUACUUGAUAUGAACAGAGCACUGUCUAAAGAUGGUAGCGAGGGUGGAGUGAGCCAUGGUGGCAUCACACCCCCGUGCCACACAACAGCCCGGUAUCCUGGGAAAGAACCCGUUUGCCUGAGAGGCACCAGCGGAAACCUCCAAGUGACAAGGACACGUAAGAGCAGUUUUCCCUACUAGCAAAGACCAGUCUGACCAAUGGAGCCCCGGAUCCCCCACAAUAUCACGGUGGUUCCAAACUCUGUCAUGGUCCAGCCGCUGCUAGAUGGCCGGAUCCCUUAUGGGAGGCUGCAGCACCCCCUCACCAUCCUACCAAUUGACCAAAUGAAGACGAUUCACAUUGAGAACGACUACACUGACAAUCCCACCCUUGCCCAGCUGGCCACGCAGAAGCGCCCCCGAGGGCCCUAUGAACCCACGUUGAUCAGCCAGCACCUGCAGAGGUGCGAGCAGGAUGUCACCCACCCCUGGAUCUCUUUCAGUGGACGGCCCAGCUCCAUCAGUAGCAGCAGCAGCACAUCUUCAGACCAGAGGCUCUUGGAUCACAUGGCACCAGCUCCUGUGGCAGACCAGUCUUCUCCAAGAGCAGUCCGGAUACAGCCCAAGGUGAUCAACUGCAAACCCUUGGAUCUGAAGGGACCCAUGUCUCAGGAACUUGAUAAGCACUUUUUACUGUGCGAAGCCUGUGGGAAAUGCAAGUGCAAGGAGUGUGCCCUACCCAGGACUCUGCCUUCUUGCUGGGUGUGUAACCAGGAAUGCCUCUGCUCCGCACAGAACCUGGUCAAUUAUUCCACGUGCAUGUGUCUGGUGAAGGGUGUCUUCUACCACUGCACCAACGAGGAUGACGAGGGCACCUGUGCAGACCACCCCUGCUCCUGCUCCCACUCGAACUGCUGUGCCCGCUGGUCUUUCAUGAGUGCCCUCUCUCUGGUCCUGCCCUGCUUGCUCUGCUACCUGCCAGCAACAGGCUGCGUGAAACUCUCCCAGAGAUGCUACGAUCAAGUGAGUCGGCCGGGAUGCAGAUGUAAAAACACAAACAGCGUCAUUUGCAAGUCGGUGCCGGAUGGCAAAACAAGCAGGCCAGAAAAGCCUUUCUGAUCACUUGGGAAGCUGGGGAGAGUGGAAGAGACACCAGGGAGUGGGUUUCUUACAACCUGUGUUCUGAGGAUAACAUCUAGCCUUUUGCCUUCAGAGAAAGCAGAAGUAACUAUUUCCACAAACUGAAGCACUUUGGGUUAUUCAGGGUUUUGGAACUGGCGAGCUACAACUUUGACAGAUGGGCCAAAGGAGAAUUCUUAACGUUUUAGAGAGAAGGCCGAAAAUGUGCACAUGCCAUGAAGUACAGCUGCUUAAAAACUUUUUACUGUCUACUUCAGCAUGCUGACUGCUCAGGGUGCCUGCACACAGCGAGAAUCAUUAACUGUGAGCUCGGCAGGCACGUCGGCAGAAGCAAUAUUCAUUCUCAUUCACCGAAGGAGAUUUGGAUUCACAGUACGAUAGGUUUUUUCCCUUUCAACUCUGAUUUGUUACCAGCAGCUUGUUGAAGGUGAAGGGUUGAUGUUUCCCCCUCCCCCCACCCUCCAUUUGACACUUAAAAAGGGCCAGCUGAGUCCAAUAUAAAUGCUUUAGAACAGUUUUUCAUGCCCCUUUUUAAGAAUGGGUUUUCAAACUUUUUAUUAAAGACCAUUAGUAUUUCAGUAUAUUUCUAUUCACACCCUACCUGGCCAUGUUAAGGCUAACUUUUUUUUUUCUGCCCCCCCCCCCCUUCAAAACUGAAAUUGGUGCAAUGCAACCUCCCCCUCAACAAGUACAGGCACUGCGAUAAUGUCCUAAUGUCAAUUCCUCUUGAAAUUCAGGCUUAAUAAAAAAAAAUGAAUGUUGGUUUUGCCAGUAAGCCCAAAUUUGUAGCCUCAGAUGUCAUGUUUUAGAGGAUUUUUUAAAAUGUAUUUUUACAUCCACGCAGAAACCUAACACCAUUCCUAAGAGGCUUUGCAUGAACCUUAUUUCCCCAGCUUGAGUUCUUGCUCAGUGAGACUGUCGGCAUUUAUUAGAGCUUUCCAACUUAUCUCCUCUCCCCUCCUCUCUAAAACUAGGAGGGUUUAAAAAACUGAGCACAAUAUACAUAUACAUAUGUUUUUAAAGUGAUAUAUUAGUGCAACAGUCUCUCUCUCAUGGAACAAGCUCUUCAGAUCUACUUUUCCGAUAAAUAUUAAGGAAACUAUGGUUUGGUGUUUUGUUUAUUUGGGGGGGGAGGGGUUGUUGUGGGUUUUUUUGGCAGAAUAAUAUCUGCUUGAAGCAUUUCCCUCCCCUAUUUCUAUUGCUGCUGCCCGUUUGUUUUUUUUUUUGUUUGUUUUCCCCAUUAUGUACAAUAGUGUGGCUAUGUAAAUAUAUAGAGAGGAGGUUUUUUGUUUGUUUGUUUGUUUGUUUGUUUGUUUGUUUUAAUAAAGUCUAUUUUAGUGUUAACAAGUUAUAGGGGACAAGCUUGGGGAGGGCAGGGGAGGCAUAUUUAUGAAAACUUGCCCAUGGAGUUCAGUAGCUAGAUGAAACGGGCUGUGUCUGUGCACUCAGAAGGGCCAGCUCCACACUUCCAUCAGAUGCAGUAACCCCUUUCUCUUGACGACUGCAAGGUGCUAAAUGAAAUGUGUGUCCUAACAUGCAACAAAUCAAAUGGGUAGACAGGUACUUGUUGCAUGUUGAAAGCCUAUCCGGGCCUCAGUUUGGUUGUUUUUCUUUGGUGGGGGUUCCCCUUCCCUUUUAAUUAGAGGAAAUGUACUAGGUAGAUGCCCAGCAAUGACACACACAUGCCAUCUUUAAUUAGAUAAGCAAUAAGCCCAUGUAGCAUUUUCCAGGAAGCAUAUUGCUUGGUUGUUGUCUUACAAUUGUUGUGUAUAAAGGUUGGGGGGGGGGGGGGGGAAUUGUAUUGAUUAGAGUUGUUUUGUUUUUUUUACUUAAGAAUUCAUUUCAUAGCAGGUGACUGGUUUUAGUUGAGUUUUAAUUGUAGAUAUUUAUCGUGCAGGAAUCUUUUAAAAGAAAAACCAUCAUCCUUUUAUAUUUAUAACACUUUCUGGCUUGUAUAUGGUAAAUCAUAGAAAAAAGGGAUACUGUAUCUAUUACCAGUUCCUGAUGCCUGUAGCUUGCCUUCAAUCGCAUGGGGACAGGGGAAGGAGAAAAGGCUGUAUGCAGUCUUGCACAAAUCUGAGGAAACCAUGUAAAGGGGGGAAAAAAAUCAUCCCAAGCUGGUUGAAUAUACAGGGCAUUGUAUUUAAUAAGUCAAUAAAAUAUCUUCAAGUAUAAAUAGGCUUGGAGAUGCAGCAACAAGCACAGAGGUGAGCAACAACCCUUUCCUUCUAUCUGUGAACAUACAUAGUGCCCAGAUGGUCUCCACCUAAACAUUUUCCCCUCUAUCCCACAUCCUCUGUUUAGCACAUAAUACUGCAAAUUUGCAAUAGCAGAUUCUAUUUCUUGGCUGCAUAUUACUGAAACAUGGCCUCCACUGUGCCAGUCUGUUGGUGUACAUAUACACAGGUGAUUCUGCCCCCCUCUGCUGUCUUCUUACAAAGGUGGCUUCCUUUGGCUUUCAUUGUACAUGCUUGUAAACACCUAUUUCUUUAUAGGUUUCUGUUUUACUAUGUAAACCCUGCUAUGAUGUACACAGAUCCCAUGCUGGAAAACUCCAAAGCAUUAGUGGAUAUGUCCAUGCAGUGGUAAAUGUAGCAGAAUGAAUCUCCUUGUGUUAUUCAGGCCCCUGGUGCAGCAGUCGGCUCGGAUGUUUCACCAGCUCUUUGCCUGAGGCAUAGCAACAAAGUUGUUGAGUUUCUUGUGUAGCAUUCAAAAGAUUCUGGGUUAGACCAGUUGAGAAGAGCCUUGACAACAUGACACUAUUCCUUUCGAUGCCUUUGGCUGCUCUGCUGACUGAGAAUAUCUUUUGCCAGCCAACAACCUGUUUUCUCCCUUUUCUUUUCUUCUUUCCCCACCCCAUUCCCUUUUUAAGGUACUUUGACCUCAUGCUGCUCCCGGGAUGUACAAAGUGUAAAGGGACAGUGCAGGAUGGUGUUAAGUUGGGCCAAAGCUGGAGCCGUGCCUUCCCUGUCAUGUAGCGGUAACACACCCCAACAUGCUACAAGGAUCAUGCAAGCUAAGACUCCCUCUCCAGCUGGAACACGGCUGCUGGCUGUGCCACAAGUGAGCCCAGUUUGGUGUGGGGCUGCUCUCCCAUCACUUCCGUGCCCUGCCACAGUGCACGCUCCUGCUGCCCUAGCAUGAGUGGGAGGAAUAAGGCCACUGAGAGCACUAGCCUGGUUUUGCACAUCCCUGAAAGGGGAUCCACUUUUUUCUUUGGAUCUCCCUUGUACCCAGUGCAGCAGAAGAAAGCAUUCCUCCAGAGGCAUGCGACUCCACUGGCCUGAACAGGGCUGUGAGGGGGAGAGCAGGGGCAGGACUUGGCACAACACGUGCUUUAUGGCCUUUCAGAAACAGCUUCUCAUCACUUCUGUAAAAGCAAAUUCUCAUUUAUUUCCUCAAUACAGGCUUAUCUAUAUGGGAAGGCCAAGAAUGGUAGGGCCAGGGAACAACUUAAUGGUACAGUAGUUACCCUGCACUGACAGUGUGGAUGCUCCUAGUGCAUGUUAAGCGCAACAUCAUCAACUCCACAUCCAAGUGACCUUCCAUUCAACCCAGAGACACCCCAGGGAGGGGAGUGUAGUGUAGCUACUGUACCAUAAAAUUAAUCCCUGGGCAUUUUACCUUCUCAUGUAGGCAAGCUCAGGCUCUCUUCUGCACUGGGCAUGUGUGUAUAUAUGCAUAUAUAAAUAUAUGGGGUUUUUUUUCCUUUCAUGCUCUGGAAAGCUGUUUAAGGUUUCCCUUCUCCCUCCGCCCCCAUCACACACUGAGAAGUUACCACAGAAGUUUUCCUUUGUAUAGAAUAUUUAUUUUGAAGCUCUAUUUUAAUAGUAUUUAUUUUAGAAAGUCUACUAUUGUAAGAGUUCUUCUGUUUGUGAAGAAAAACAAGUACUGAUGAAUGUACUGAUCUAGAAAUAUAUAUAUAAAUAUAUAUAAAAAAUAUAUAUUGUUAAAUAUA